CCCGGGGCGCGCUGGGCUGCGGGCGGAGGUCGGCGCUCCCAGGUGCCCCCCUCAGAAAAAGAGGGUUGAAAUCGCGCUGCCCCCUGGAAUGGGCUGUGAGGAGACUGUGCCCGAAUUCCGAGUCCUCUUGCAGGGCUGGGGCAGGGAAGAAAGGCCGCGGGAGCUCCCGUGCCCCGGCUGCCGCUGGCAGCCGCCGUGCCCGGCGCACCCCUGACCGUGCCGGCCGUGGGCGGGGCGCGGAACGCGAGGGGAAAGGGAGCCGUGGCGGGGCGGUGGCUGAGCCCGGGAGGAGGAGCGGCGGAAUGCUCUCUGGGUGAAUCAACGGGACAGCUGGUUGGAAAAUACCUGUUGAGAUGUUGCCAGGGAACAGCUUUGCCGUGAAAGGAUUCCCUUCGCAGCGCUUCCACCCGGAAAGGCCUGCCUGCUCCCGGGUGUUGUCAGCAGCUUGGCUGGCUGUGCCAGCCCCGGGGCCGCGGCUGCUGUCGCUGGGGAAGCCUGUCACCAGCCUUAGGGAACGGCACCAGCCAGGUCUCUGGACGGGGUCGCUGCGUGGCGCCCAAGGAUGCCGAAGUCUGUAGGUUUGUACUCCGAAGCAUACCGUGCACAGGACCUGGUGAACAGGGACCUGCACGAGGGAGGAGGAGGACACGCAUGCAAAAGAUUCGGUUCGGUUCGGCUUUCCCGGCUUCCCUGUUACAUUCUGGAGCGAGUCCUUUUGCAGUUACCUGCGGGCACAGCAGCCACAGCACGGGCAUUGAAUCAUCCAACAGCAAGUGUUCCUAAUAAAGCCAAAGUCAGUAACUCCACUGUAACUCCACUAUUUGGGGAACCUGUAUAGUGGAUUAUUUGAAACUCCAAAGGUCAAUAUUUUCUAGAGCAAAUGAAUCAUAAAGGCAUUUGAAUGAAGGCCUGAAUAGCUUCAUAGAACAAGAUUUUCAGGUGUAUAUACCAAAGACUGUUUCAGAAUCGGUCAUUUUCCCCAAGGUGAAGUUUAACAGGCUCUUGUUCGUUGCUAAUGUUUUGAUAAACACAAGGUAUUUUUUACCAGCCAGCAAGCAAAUUUUGUUACCUUGAUUAGUGUUUAAUACUACUAAUGUCGAUUAGACAUUAAUAAUUAACUGCAAUUCACAAAGCUGGAGGAAACUUUUGUCUGUUACCAAAAAAACUGUAAGUUCACUCCAGGUCACUUUCUGUUCUAAAAACUGCACCUUUGACAGCAAUCUCCUUGUCUGACAGAAGACAUUGAGUCACAUGCAAGGCCAAAGUAAUUGUGCUCAAGAGCUUGGCAUAAGGCAAGUAAAACAACAGAAGAUGAGCCUUGAAGGAGAGAGGGGGAUUCUGAGAAGAAACAGAGAUAGCUAAGGAUCCUGUAGUUAAGGCAAUAAGAGGAGUUUUAAGAAAAUUACCUGAGUAAGGGACAAGCUGAAACGUAAGAUACACUGCACAUUCUAGAAGUGAUAAUGUAAGAAUGCCAGUUUGGUAUCUUUAAAUGAGGAAUUGCUCUGGAUGUCUUUUAAAAAGGAAGAACAUCAUAAACACUUCCAAAGAAAGCCUGUUGUCCAUAUAUAAAGAAAUAAUAAUUUGUGAUUUAUUUAUCAUAGUUUCUCCUUUUUUUUUUUUUUUUGCUACAAGAUAUGUUUAGGCGUUCAGCAUUUAGAACUGUCUGAUGGUUUUUUCCUGCAUCCUUACUGGAGUCUCAAUGGGUUCCUUUUUUGGUUGUGUUAGCACUAUGAGAGAGAGAGCAGGUGAGCUUCCUGGGUGCCCAAGCUGUUUCCUCAUACUGAGGAAGACUUAAGGCUUGCUGCUGUUUUCCUUCUGUCUUCUACAGCUGUCUGAUUUCUGCUGGAGAGAGACCUUGCAGGGGUGGGAAUCAAACCUGGGUGAUCAGGAGUAGGUGGCCUGUGUGCACAGUGAAAGUCACCUGCUCCAACCUUUAGAUCUAGCACCUGGAAACUAAUCUUGGGAGAUUUUUCUUUCCUGCUUUCACACAAUAUAUUAUUAAUUUGGUGGCUGAUUUUUUUUCCUGUAUCUCAGUAAGAGAGAUAUUAUGAAGUGUAUUCAUGCUCAGUGAUACCCGUAACAUCUUUCAAGCUCAAUGUGUUGAGGAAUACUUCUCAUCCAGGUGGCUUGGCCUGCAAUAUGCAGAUGGGCUCCUCGUUGGAGCUCGAGACAAGAGGCCAUAAAGUCCCAGCCUUUGGGAUAACAAAGGACAUGAAGACAGGUGACCGCAGCCAGCUGAAUGGGCAACUGAGAGUUAGAGCAGGAGCCGGUGACUCCCGACCUUUUGGAUAAGGUGACGCCAGUGCGCUGGAUGAACACAGAGCGGGGAGGCAGGAGAAGACAAGAAGGAAGAGGGGGACUGACGCCCGGCAUCUACUGAAGAUUGUGUCAAAAUGGAUUUUGAGUGUAUGACCAGGAUCAACCAUUACUGUCAAGUAUAUAAACUUACAGUGGUUUAUGACACCAUCAAUAUGACGGGCCCAGCUCAUGAUCCUGAGUUCACAGUUUUGGUCAAAAUAAAUGGUGAGGAAUAUGGUACGGGCAGUGGUAAAAGUAAAAAAGAAGCAAAAGCAAUGGCAGCAAAAAAAACGUGGGAAAUGAUUGAGAAACAGUGUAAGAGUCCCUCUAAUAUGGCUGCUGCAGAGUUAACGACAACUCAAGCAACCUUAUCACCUGCACUAGAUAAAGAUUAUGUCAGCCUAUUAAAUAUUUUUUCACAAAGGACGUUGCAAAUAGUUGAUUAUCCUAACAGAACUCGUACUGGAGAUGCCCAUGCUCCCACGUAUUCUGUUAGCUGUACAGUUAGUGGUGUUUUGUAUGGGAAGGGCACUGGAUCUUCUCUAGCUGCUGCAAAACAAGCUGCUGCAAAAGAAGCAUAUGAGAAGAUUGAAACUGAAGGAUCUAAUGGCAACUUUACAUUUAGCAAAUACAACAAUUCCUCUCAAGUGCCAAAUGAGUCUGACUCAGACUCAGACAUUCGCUUUGAUGGUUCUGCUGCAAAGUUGGUAGAAAAAAUGAAAGACAUGGCAAUAUGUGAAAAGCCUUCACCUUCUCAGAGAAAUGCACAAAGUUCUGCCCUGAAGCCCAAAAGAAAAUUGGCAGUUAAUUUUCCUAAUGAAAGAAACAAGGAAGAAGAAAAAAAAAAGUCAGAUUCAAAUCAAGGUUUGCCAGAUGUGGACACAAAUACCGGAGAAGAUAAUGGAAGUCCACACACUGUCAAUAAAACAUUUCUUGAAAAUUUUAAAAACAUAGAGCCUAUUGGUGAAGGUGGUUUUGGGAAUGUUUUCAAGGCAACAUCAAAGUGUGAUAAGAUAACCUAUGCAAUCAAACGAGUUGAAUUCACAGAGAAAGUAGAGCGUGAAGCAGAAGGACUUGCAAGACUUACACAUGAGAACAUAGUGCGGUAUCAUAGCAGCUGGAAGGGGUAUGACCAUAUAAAGUACUCAGACUCAAGCCAGAAUUCUGACAAAAAAAUUUGCUGUCUUUUCAUCCAAAUGGAAUUCUGUAAACAAGGGACAUUGGAAAAGUGGAUUGCAAAAAAUAGAGAAGACCGAAAGUAUUAUGUAAUGGCACAAAACAAAUUUUUACAAAUAGUGAAAGGAGUGGAAUAUAUUCAUUCUGAAAAGUUAAUUCAUCGAGACCUCAAGCCUCAGAAUAUAUUCAUAUCCCAUGAUGAUAAAAUAAAAAUAGGUGACUUCGGUCUUGUGACUUCUGUGGCAUUUGAGACUCUCACUGAGGACAGAGGAACAAAGUCAUAUAUGGCACCAGAACAGUCUGGGGCCAGAUAUGGAAAGGAAGUAGAUAUUUAUGCACUGGGAUUAAUUUGGUUUGAAAUUCUUUCGACAAUCUCUCAUCAUGAGAAAACUAAGGUAUGGCCUUCUGUUAGAAAAGGUGAGCUUCCAGAGGACUUCACCAACAAAUUUCUGACAGAGGCGUCCAUAAUCCAAAAGAUGCUUUCAACAAAUCCUUCGGGAAGAAUCUCUAUAUCUGACUUACUUGUUCUUCUUAAGUCUGUUGAUAAAGAGAAGUCAUGCAAGAAUUAUUCUUGUUAAAUGUCCUUCCAGACUGUGUUUAAAUCCAGAGUUUGAUGAAUUUAUUACAAUUGAUGAAAUGACAACAGAUAUCAGAAGCAACAGCAAGAUUUGGGGUGUGUCUUUUCCUGGGCCACAUUACCAUUCAUAUCCACCAGCUGCAGACCAGGACAGGGCACUUCUGCAAGAAAUCACUUGCAAUUUUUACCUGGAAACACAGGUUGUGGGUGAGCUGGGCUGUUUUGUACAAGUAAAAGAACCUAGUCCUUUUCCCCUAGAUUAUGUUGAUGUGCUAAAGUGCUAACUGGUUGUGGGAAAUCCCUGAAUGUGCUGCAUCCAUUAUCCCUUAAGAUUAUCUAUUGCUUUCCAUGGAAGAAGUGCUUUGUGGUGGUGUGACUCAAACCUUUCUGAUUUGCUCAGUGAUACUGUUAAUAAUUAUUGGAAUGCUCCCAUUAAUACCAAGACUAGUUUUGGUAGAAAGGAUACUAGGAAUAGGUGCAUGUUAUUCUUCACUGAAUUUCAGUACUUUAAGGGGAGCUUUUUUAUGUCUUCACACCUGCUGAUGAUCUAGCAUCUUCAGUGAUAUGGAAUUUAAAAAGAUAAACUUGUAAAAUAAGGAUUUCUUAAGAAUUUAAAUGUUAAACAUUCUGCUUCUAGGAAUUCUAAUUUAGAACAAAUCUCAAUUUUUGAAAAACUUAGGUUUUGAUGGUUGUCUUUUUUGGGAAGGAACACUUAAGGUGCUAUUAAUAUGGUAAAAUUCUCAGUUUUCUCAGUAGCAACCAUUUGAAAUCCUAGGCUGAGAGAGCACUUGAAACAUUCUCACGCUUCUAGGUUUUAAUCCCUCACUGUAAUACUGAGGCAAGCCUAACCCUUAACAACUGUACUGAAUACCUCUGGUGUGUCCACUGCCAGCCCCACAAAAGGGAACAGCAGGUUCUCUGCUACUCUUUUUAUAUCCUUCAGAGUUCAGCCUUGCCUGAACUCAAAGUACUGUGUGCGGUGUGGGGAGCAGGGUGAAAAGACAGGCACACUGGACCUUCAGGUGCUUGUCUUUGAGCUCUAUCUUGUCAAACUGUUCAUUGAUGUUGGGCCAAUGUAACUCCUUAAGGGCAAAUGAGCAGAGAUUUCUAAGUAAAAAAUAGGUAAUACAUAUUCUCACGAUACUGUAUGCUUUUUCUGAAAUGUUGAAUGGGUUAAAAGUGGGUGAAAAGAAAUAAUACAGAUGAAUGUAUUUAUAUUCUUAGGGAAAUUAUUGAUGUUCUGUGCAAAUAUUUGUUGCUAAAUGGAAAUAUGAUUGUACAUCCUUUUGUAAGGCCUUAUUACACUGUUCUCUUUUUUUCUUUUUAUCAUGAAUCACAUAUAUAGAAUCAUAGAAUGGUUUGGGUUGGAAGCGACCUUAAAAAUCACCCACUUUCAACGCCCCUGCCCUGGGCAGGGACACCUUCCCAUAGAUGACAUUACUCAAGGCCUUGUUCAACCUGGCUUUGAACACUUCCGGGGUUGGGAUAUCCACAGCUUCUCUGGGAAACCUCUUCCAGUGCUUCACUACCUUGACAGUAAAGAAUUUCUUCCUAUUAUCCAAUCUAAACCUUUCACUUUGAAGCCAUACCCCCUUGUCCUGUCACUACAUGCCCCUGGAAAAAGUCCCCCUCCAGCUCUCUUGCCAGCCCCCUUUACGUACUGCAAGGCUGCUCUAAGUCUCCCUGGAGCCUGCUCUUCUUCAGGCUGAACAACCUCAACUCAAGGGGCUUAGCAACCUCAUUUGCCAGUUCCCUCAGGACCAGUGGAUGCGUAUCAUCAGGUCACAUGGACUUGUGCACCUCUGGGUUCUAUAGGUUUUCUUGAAUCUGAUCUUCUUCUUGACAUCCCCAGCCAGAUUGAAUUCUAUCAGGGCUUUAUGCUUUCCUAGCCUUAUCCUUGACUGGAGUACAUAUAGUAUUUCACUACUGUAGACUAAUUAGUUUUUCUUUCAGUGGUCAAGAUCUAUGAGAAAUUAUAUACCCUCACAGACAAAAUACUGCUAUUUCUGCUUUCUCUUCUUUUUCAUCCCUUGGGAUAGAAUUAGCGUAUAAUUCAACUUGAUGAUCUUAAAGGUGUGUUCCAACCAAAACAAUUCUAUGAAACUAUUCAUAAUAUGAAAAUUGGUAUGUGACAAUCUUUUGGCUGAAUUUCCUUUACAGUUUUUGGACAGAGCACUGGUAGUAUCAUCACCUUCUUGCACUUAAGUAAUACUGAGUUUGUCCUGGUAGUUUUUGAUAUAUUUUCCCUGCAUAGUAUUUGUAUACUUCAGCAUUACCUUUUUAUAAAUGGCCAGUUACAAAAACAGCUGCUGCUGCCUAAAAAUAAAAGGUCUAUUAAAAUAUAUUUUUAUGUAAAAAAAUGAAAACCCAACAUCAUGAUCUAAUUCUGUUUAGUCAUGCAAAAUAUGCACCUUUAUAUACAGAAGAAUAUUGGUUCAAAUAAUGUCACUAUCAUGUUUCAUAAGCUUUUUUUUCCCCCACCAAGUUUAAGAUAGUUGUGGGAACCGACAGGUAGUCCGAAGGCCUCGCAGACAUUUCCCCUGAUACAAUCAGUUUGUACCCAUGAGAAUUGCAGAAGCAAGAAGACAGACAACAGAAAGAAGUUGCAACAGCUUCAAAAGGGAGGAUACUGGCCGAUGUUUAGCAAAGAAUGUGUGUACACUAUAGACAACCAAUAGUAUUGUAUUGUAGCAAAACAACAUGUAUUGUAGGCAAUGAACAUGUAGCUAAGAAAGGGUAUAAAAGAAGUUGUGUAAAUAAUAAACGUGCUUUUUGCCAUUGCUCGGGGCA